GAGACGAGUCGUACCAAACAGCCAUUGAUUUAUAGAGAGGGGUAAAUCUAAUGGAUAUGCACCAGAGAGAGGCUUUUCUGUUCUGGACAUCAGGAAGCUUCUGGAGGAAAUAGUCAAUACACCAUAAAACACACCUCUGUCUGAGUAUCUGUGUCACUGUUAAUCAACAGACACAAUGACAUCAUCAGUGCUCAUAGCAAACCUCACUCAGGAUUGGGGGGAGAGCAUUCGGAGGUGGCAUCUCGAAUUUUUCUUCAUCCCCACCACAGUCAUCUCUCUGGCCACCCUGCUAGCCAACCCUGUUCUCCUGACCUGCAUUUUUCUGUCGUGCACCCUGCGUCGGGAGACACGUUACCUGCUGGUGGCCAACACCCUGAUUGCAGACAUGCUCUUCCUCAUCCUCAACCUGGCCACGGUGAUCUGUAACACUGUGAAGGUGCAGAUACCCUGGCUGCUGUGUGAGCUGGUCACAGCCGUCACUGUCACCACCUACUGCUGUGCCAUCCUCACCGUCACCCUCAUGGUCAUGGACACCUACGCUGCCGUUCGCUGGCCUCUACAUUACCAUGACAUUCUUCCACCUGCCCGCACCCACCGCAUUCUGGUGGGGGUGUGGAUCCUGGCGGCUGUGUACCCUUUCACCCUGGUGAUCAUGAUGGAAGUGCAGAGGGGAAACCCCCAAGAAAAGGUGGCCGUGUGUCUGGUCCUCAUCUCCCUCGGCUUCAUUCAACUCAAAGACGUGGUCGGGAUCCACAUCUACUUCUUCGUGGCUGCACUCAUCUGUACUCUGCUCAUUUUUUACUGCUACAUCCGGCUCUACAUGGUGACAAGGACCCAUGGCAUCUGGCAGAGCCGCUUCUCUAGGGCCCGGGUCACGCUGCUCGCUCACGGGCUGCUGCUCCUGCUCUACUUCACCCCGGGCUUUGUUUUCGCCAUGGAGCUCUCCCUGUUCCACAGAAAGGACAUAAGUCAAGAUGUCCGUGUGUGGAUCAGCACGAUCAACAUGUGCGUGUUCAUGCUGCUGCCCAGGGCGAUUGCUCCAUACAUGUAUGGGCUGAGGUACAGGGAACUCUCUGAUACUCUGAUGCAGCUGCUGCACAAGGACAGGAGACUCAGCCAGAUCACAGUUUCGUGAAGAUACUCAUGUUCUAUCUUUUACUCAGAGUUAUUACAUUUCUCCACUGGGAUUUAAAUAUUUGACAUGUCUUCUCAGUUGUCCUUCAACAAACGAAGCUGUAACUACAAGCGCGGUAGCCAGGAUGUUACAAAUACUGAAGUCAAGAGUCAAAUUCACCCAGAUAAAUACCCCCCCACACUGAGCCUUUUAAAUUUCACUCACCACUAAUCAACAUUGAAUCAACAUUAUUCAUUUGUAUAUAUUGUCUAAAUCAGCGCAGUGGUCCACCACGUAAGGCUGCAUUUGUCCCAGUUAAGGAAACUUGGCAGUGUUCUAGUCAAAACCACCUAAACUGAGACAAAGUCAUGAACAAGGGCAGAGUGUACUGUUCAAGUGCACCAUGAGAAAUGUCUUCGAUGAAAUAAUAAAAAAGCAUUAUGGGGGUGAAUUCUAUGUAUAUGGAAUUAAAAAAAACACAGAGACGGAGGCGCUGAAGUCAGCGUAAACCAUCGUUAUCCAACACUCCUUUCCCAUGUUUUGCAACAAUAAUACACAAUUUCUGUGCAAGAAUCAGGUUUUCUGGGUCACUCGUCUUCCCAUCAUUAAAUACAAUAUGCACUAAACAAAUAUUCAGUACAGUGAUAUCUCUGCAGUUGUGGUCUUGACAGGUCUUGAAUCAGCCUACACUCUGAGUCUGCGAUCGAGACAAGACUAAGAACAAGUGUGGCUGAUUCUGAUAAGAGACUGAGACCUUCGAAAAGUGGUCUCGAGACCUAAACCAAUCUUCAAGUACUUCAACAUUAGAGCUUGGGUUCUUGUAUCAUUUUACAUCUUAACACAAUACGACACAAUAGGUUUUGGCCCCUGGCCCAUCAUGACAUUUCAGGUUUGGCCCACCAAUGGAAACCGUCUCAGCAUCCUUUGGUCCGAAUACUGUCUCAAAACUCUUUCCACCACACCAAGAAUGUAAUUAGAGAAGCACCAAAAUCAAUUUUUUUCCUGUUAAUUUCACAGUAGACCAAUUUGAGAAUAGUAACUCUAAAACACCAUAUGCAAUUUGUGUAUAAAUCUAGAAGAUAAAUUCCACCUCAGCUUGUUAAAACUCCCGUACUCUUAGAAUCAACACUUGGAAUAUGUUCUCUGUGUGCUCAGUGGUAGCAAAAAGCCUCGGUCGCUGCUAUGUCCAUGUGGUUUUGUCUCAACCCUGACUGAUACUUGAUUCUUGGGGGUGAUUCAGAUUUUCCGAGUAAAGAAUUCUAAUAUCAAUAUGUCGGCUGACACACAAAAAAUUAUUAGUGAUCUCUCAAAUGUGGGUGUCAGGGAGGUAGGAUAUUGUACAGAUUCACAAUAAACUUGACUGUCUAAAAAUGACUGAAACAGCUAUUUUACUGGAAAUAUAAUUAAGUUGAACAAAAAUAAAUAUCCCAAGCAUCUUUUCAUGUGUUAUAAUCUCAUAAUCAGCACAUUUAGACAUUAUAUAUAACCUGAUUUGUUAGAUCUGCCACAGGCCAAUAUCAGCCAACCGGUACAUCAGUCAGUCUUCAUCUCAGACCUGCCUCCUUUGAGGUUUUUGCUCUAAUCUAAAUGCUACAUGUCAUGGCAACAGUCUUCGCUCUCGUGUGAGGUUAAAAGCACUUAAUGGUGGCACUGAGCAUGUUUUGUAGAUGCACACCAAUUUGUCUUUUAUCAGGGCCAUAAGAGCUCUUUUCCAGCCGUGUCGGUCUAAAUGACAAUGUGUCAAAGUCCCUUGCUUUUUCAGUGUGUCUGUCACUGUUGACAUCCCUUCUUUUUUAAAUAAACUG